GGUCUCGGCUGCGCGUCCCCGCUCGGGAGCGAGCCGCCGACGCCGGGCGCGCGCCUCGCUGUCACGCGCGCCGACGUGGAGCGAGAGAGCAACGCUGCUGCGAGGAUGAAGCUGACGACCCCGCUCCUGCUUUUGGGCCUCGCGGUCUUGGUUGUGGUUCAGGCGCAGACGGAGGACGAGCCGGCGGCCGGCGAGGAUGACCAAGCGGAACCCGUGGAGCUCUUCACCACGCCCGCCACCAAGAUGGCUGCCGCCACCUCAGACUUUGGCUACAACCUGUUCCGCGCGCUGGCAUCCCAACAGGACGGCGCCAAUGUCUUUCUGGCGCCCGUCGGCGUCUCGGCGGUCCUCACUCAGCUGGCCCUGGGCGCUUCGGAGCGUGCCCAGGGGCAGCUGUUCCGGGCCUUGCGCUACCACACCCUGCAAGACCCUCAGCUCCACAACACCCUGAGGGACCUCCUGGCCUCCGUCAAGACAGGCAACAAAGGACUCAGCACCGCAGCCCGCCUCUACCUGGCCAGACGUCUGCGCCUCAAGCAAGAAUUCUUCACGGCGGUGGAGCAGCAAUACGGCAUCCGGCCCAAAGCCCUGCAGGGCGGGGGCCGAGACACCAAGGACAUCAAUGACUGGGUGGCCUCGGAGACCGGCAACAAGGUGCAGCGCCUCCUGGCCAAGCCCCUGACCAAAAAGCCCGGAGUCAACGCCGUGGCCGGUGCCUACUUCAAAGGGAAGUGGGUGACGGCGUUCGCGCCUCAGUCCUUGCAGAACUUCCAGCAGGAAGGCAAAGCGCCCGUCCGGGUUCCCAUGAUGCAACAGGAGAACUACCCCAUCAAGAUGGGCGUGGACUCUGACCUGAGCUGCACGAUCGCGCAGAUCCUCCUGCAGAACCAGGUGAGCAUGUUCGCGUUCCUGCCUCAGGAAGUCACGUCCAACCUGACGGCCCUGGAGGAGACGCUGACGGCCGAGUUUGUGCAAGACCUGGGCAGCACGCUGCACGCCACGCACGUCACCCUCACCAUGCCCGUCCUCAAGUUCAGCUACGCCGCCGAUCUCCUGACGCUGCUCCCCGACCUGGGGCUCGGCGAUUGGCUGGCCGACCAGGAUUUGGAGAAGAUCGCGGCGCAGCCCGCCAAGCUGGUCAGCGUCAAUCACAAGGUGGUGAUGGAGAUGGCGGCCGAGGGCGAGCAAUCGGCACCCGCCACCUCCGCCACCGGUCACCUGACCUACCGCAUGGACCGCCCCUUCCUCUUCCUCAUCCGCGAUGACGCCUCGGGGGCCCUGCUCCUCGUUGGGAGGGUGAUCAAUCCCAAGGACCUGACCAUCUAAUACACACACACGCACACACACACACACACUCUUAGCAGGUCCUA